UUUUUCUCAGAAACUUCAGGCUCGAUAAUCUCGACAAAGGAACCGUUCGUGUGAACGGAUCGGAAUGGAAACGGGUGCCGGGAAACGCCGGAGAAACGAAUCGGAAACAACGACGAAGGAGGAGGUCGGGGAAACGAGGGAUGUGACGGAUGACGAGGUCAAUGAGUUUUUCGCCAUCAUUCGCCGGAUGCGGGAGGCUCGGCGCCGGCUCGCCGGCUCGAUCGGCGCCAGAUCACGUGAGGAGCGCGUGAGGACGAAGAAAAACGACGACGACGACGACGAUGAGGAGAUUUGGAGAUGGAGACCGGUGUUCGUUUUGGAGGACUUUAAAAGGCCUCAAGCCGAACCUAAGCCGGCUCAGCUCGACCUGAACACCAAGCCGGAAGCCGACGACGCCGGUGAUCAUACCGGAUCGGUGUCCUCAUCCGAGAAGCAAUAAAGCUUCAUUGAUGAUCUAUUGAACACCUUUGUUUCUCUCUUUUGUGUGAAUGUCACUUGUGAACAUAACGCUUUGGAUUAUUUUUUGCCAUUUUGUUUUUAUAUUGUAAAAGAAUUAUUAUGGUGGAAAUUACCUAUUACCCCCACA